UCUCAUGAUGUUUCCUUACACACACACACACAAAGAUAAUUGAAAUAGAUUCAGGAAAAAAUCAAAGAAACAAAUAGAAAUGGAGCAUUACUUGGGCAAAAAAACUGUGACUUUGGCUUUGGUUGCCAUAGUGUUAAGCAGUGUUAGUAUAGAGGUGUCACAGGCACAAGGAAUAUGUAACGUUUCAGGUGAAGGUUUAAUGUCAUGCAAACCAUCAGUGACUCCCCCUAAUCCCUCGGCGCCUACAGCACAGUGCUGUAGCGCGCUGGCAAAGGCAGACAUGGGCUGCCUUUGCGCUUACAAGAAUUCCCAGUGGUUGCCUUCUCUGGGAAUCGAUCCUAAACUCGCAAUGCAGCUCCCUGAGAAAUGCAAACUCCCUAAUGCUCCCCAUUGUUAAAUGAAAGCCCUUUGUAUUGUUGAAAGUGCUAGUUAACUAGUCUUGCUAUAAGAGCUGACGCUUUCUAAAUUUUUAUGCGGAGCUAGCUCCGACCCUACUUCAAUUAAAGCUCCCAUGACCAUUUCUAUACUUUGUAUCAUGUUGUGUGUAUUUUGAGCUUUGUUUGUUUAUCUAUUGAUCUUAAUUAGUUCCUAGCUAGAUAUAUAGCUAAGGCCUGGGAUUUCUCUUUAUGGUUGUAUUUGUAUUCAGUUGUUUUGCAUUGUUAUUACUUUCUUCUUUUACUACCUUUUCUAGGAGUGGAAUUCAAUCUUAUAAUGUUAAAUGUAAUUUCAAAAUCUUGUGGGGAAGGUAUUAUUCUCCUUUUAGGGAAAAAUUCAGAGACCUCCCCUCAUAUUUUGCUUCGUUUCACUGACCUCCCCUCACGUUUCUAAUAUUACGGCUAUCUCCCCUAUUUUAACUUUUUUGUAACAACUAUUUUAUUCUAUUUAUUAUUAAUAAUAAAAAAAUCUGG